AUGUCACGAACACCCAUCACUGAAAACCCAAUUUCACACGCAAUUUCUCUUCAACUUACUGUGAGGAGGGGGAGUGCGGGUAAAUCCGGACCCGAAGGCGUGACAAAACACGUUGGCGACGCUUUACUGCUAGAAAGGUCGCAAAGGACAGGCAGGGUCAACACGCUAGGCAUCGCACCCUGGGGCAUCGUGGAGAACAACCAGGACCUCAUAGGGCACAACACUGAAGUGCCCUACCAUUCCAUAUCAUCGCCUAGGUCUAAAAAUGCAGCUUUAAAUAACAGACACGCUUAUUUCUUACUGGUAGAUAACGGAACCGUUGGAAAAUAUGGAGCCGAAAUAAUUCUUAGGAGAAGGUUAGAAAAACACAUAUCGAAGCAACGUUUAUAUCCUUUUACUCAAAGCCCAAUCCCAAUUGUGUGUUUAGUAAUUGAGGGCGGUACUAAUACUAUUAGGGCAGUACUAGAGUACGUGACCGACGAUCCGCCAGUGCCUGUGGUAGUGUGCGAUGGUUCAGGUCGGGCGGCGGAUUUGAUAGCUUUUAUGUGCAAGUACGAGUGUUCCAUGCUGAAAACGAUGAAGGAGUAUAUAAUAGCCACAAUCCAGAGGGCCUUUGAAGUGGCCGCCGAGCUGGCCGACGGCCUGUUUAGCGAGCUGAUGAUGUGCGUCGAAAAUAAACACCUGAUAACCAUAUUUAGGAUCGCAGACAAGUACGAUCAAAAACCUCAAGAGCUCGACCAAACGAUACUCACCGCAUUAUUCAAAUCUCAACACCUGUCACCCACCGAACAACUCAGCCUAGCUCUCACUUGGAACAGAGCGGACAUAGCUCGAUCGGAGAUAUUUAUCUAUGGCCAAGAAUGGCCGCCUGGGGCACUAGAGGAUGCCAUGAUGAAGGCAUUGGAACACGACAGGUGUGAUUUUGUAAAACUAUUGCUAGAAAAUGGCGUUAGCAUGAGAAAAUUCUUGACCAUUCCCAGACUAGAAAAUUUGUAUAAUUCAAAGCAAGGCCCCAGCAACACCUUGAGGUACAUUUUGAGAGAUGUAAGGCCUCACAUACCGGCCGGCUAUGUCUACACUCUACACGACAUCGGAUUGGUUAUCAACAAGCUCAUGGGAGGAGCGUAUAGGGCAUUUUAUACGCGGCGAAAGUUCAGACCUAUCUACGCCAAAGUAAUGAACAAAGGACAGAAUAUGACCACGAACGCCGCAUCGGCCAGACAGUUCGGGGCCAUGAGCCUUUUAGCCGGAGCCUUGCCGUCCAGCGCGAAUCCUUGCCUAUUUGAUUAUCCAUUUAAUGAGCUUCUGAUAUGGGCGGUGUUGAUGAAACGUCACAAGAUGGCCUUGUUGAUGUGGCAGCACGGGGAAGAGGCCUUGGCCAAAGCUUUAGUUGCGUGCAAACUGUACAAGGCUAUGGCUCACGAGGCGGCGGAGGAUGACAUGGAGACUGAAGUAUAUGAGGAACUUAGAUCUUAUGGAAAAGAAUUUGAAAAUAUAGGUUUGGAAGUGCUAGAUUAUUGCUACAGACAGGACGACGACCAAACCCAACAACUGUUAACCUGCGAGCUGCAAAACUGGUCAGGCCAGACUUGCCUUAGUUUGGCCGUGGCCGCGAACCAUCGAGCGCUGCUCGCGCAUCCCUGUUCGCAAAUCAUUCUGGCCGAUUUGUGGAUGGGUGGCCUAAGGACUCGAAAGAAUACUAAUAUAAAAGUGAUAAUGGGCCUAAUAUUUCCACCUUACAUAUUAAAAUUAGAGUUUAAGUCCAAAGAAGAGCUUCAACUUAUGCCUCAAACAACAGAAGAACACAUGGAAUUAGAAAAUGAAGACGACGAUAAGUCUGACACCGAGAAAAAUCCAGAUGGAGAGAAGCGCAGUAGAACGCUGAGUUUAAGAAGCAAGACGCCAAAUCCGACCGGUGUUAAGGCCCUCCUGGCAGAAAACUUCCUUGCCCGAGAUGCCUUGAUACAGGAAAACGGCAAAGUGGUCACUGAUUUCGACGAGAACAAGUACCAUAUAUUUUUUACGGACGUUACCUAUGAAAAAAUACCUAAACAGCGGGAACUGAGGAUCAAGAAGAAGCUUUACGAAUUCUACACAGCUCCUAUAACGAAAUUUUGGGCCAAUUCAGUAGCAUACAUGAUGUUCCUGGUAAUAUUCAGCUAUACUGUCCUGGUAAAAAUGAACGAAAUGCCCUCCUGGCAGGAAUGGAUGUCGAUUGCGUUUAUCUGUUCUCUAGGCUGUGAAAAGCUGAGAGAAUUGUUCAGUUCCGAACCGGUAGGUCUGACGCAAAAAUUGGCGGUGUGGAGCUGGAACAUGUGGAACCCGUGUGAUAUGGGUGCCGUCUGCAUAUUUUUGGUCGGUGCCACUUUGAGGUUUCAUGGCGAUACAUUUCAAGAGGGAAGAGUCAUAUAUUGUGUAAAUAGCAUCUACUGGUACUUAAGAAUACUCAAUAUUCUAAGCGUAAAUAAAUAUCUAGGUCCAUUAGUAACCAUGAUGGGCAAAAUGGUGAAGAAUAUGAUAUAUUUCGUUGUUUUAUUACUGAUAGUAUUGAUGAGCUUCGGUGUUUGUCGUCAAGCCAUCUUAAACCCUGAUGCCGCACCGAGCUGGACAAUUGCUAGAGACGUGUUUAUGGAGCCGUACUUCAUGCUGUACGGUGAAGUGUACGCGGACAAGAUAGAUCCUUCUUGCGGAGGCGAAGACGAAGAUCCCUGCGUUACAGGUAGAUGGAUAUCACCCACCAUCAUGUCGAUCUACCUUUUGGUGGCGAACAUCCUACUCAUCAAUCUUCUCAUCGCUGUGUUCAACAACAUUUUCAACGAGGUUAACGCUAUAGCACACCAAGUUUGGAUGUUCCAACGAUUCACCGUCGUGAUGGAGUACGAACAAAAGCCCCUACUACCUCCUCCUUUUAUACUGUUUUCUCAUAUUUUUCUUUUGAUCAAAUAUAUAAGGAGAAAAAUGGAGGGUAAAGAAGAGAGUUACGACAACGGCCUGAAAUUGUUUUUGGAUAGGGACGAAAUGGAAAGGUUAUACGAUUUUGAAGAAGACUGCGUUGAGGGUUACUUUGCAGAGCAAGAGAAUAAGCUACAACAAUCCACUGAAGAAAGAAUUAAAGUUACCACUGAAAGGAUAGAGCAUUUAACACAGAAAGUCGAAGAUAUUCACACCAAAGAAAAUAUGCAAACAACUGUUCUACAAAACCUAGAGGUGCGUUGUAGAAAAUUCACCGAACAACUCACGGAUAUCACCAACGAGUUCGAAGUACUUAAACAGGUCGUUCACAGGCAACAAUCGGUCAAUCUCAUCACACCACAAGCCACACUUGUUGCACAAGACUCGAGGGAAAGGACCGUCAGUGACAAGUCUGACGUGUUCUCCGAAGACGAAUCGUCAGUGAUCAGUCAUUUAUUGGCCGGUCAAGCUGUCAAAAGAAAGACAAUAGUCCGAUCGCUGACGGAAGUCAGGCCAGAUGCGUACAUCUUUGACAACGGAGAGCACAUCGAGUAUCGAUUUAGCGGCGAGGGUGAUGACCAAGACAAAACAGAACCUCAGGAUAAUGUGUCCGUACAGGGUAGCAGGUCGAAGUUGAACUUGAUGCGGCAGAGAACAAAAAGUUCCGAAUCAAAGACGUCCAUAGAUAGCGAUCGGAAUUCCAUAGAUAUUUCUGCGGAUGACAUCGCAGCAUUAAGUUUGGACAUAUUGCGCAGUAGGGCUGCGCAAAAAAGAAGAGACAGCGAGACAACGAGAAGAGGGUCCGAGAGUGGAACAGGCGGCGAAGACACAUCCUCCUCCGCCAGCAAGAUCACCCUGGGCCGACGCCAGUUCUCGCAGACGCAGUCGGAGCCGGAAACGACCGACGUCCCCCCUUCGGCUUCGGGCAACGUCGGCCCAACUGCGGGCGUUACUUUCACCGAGCCCAAGAUCAAGGUGAUACCGCCGAGCGGCGGUAGGGGCGCGUUGCUCAUGCACAUGCACACGGAAUAUGCGAGUAUCACAGAUGAGCUGGAGACGGUUUGCGGAUUGCUGAGUCCGCCCCCGAAGAGUCCGGGGCUAUUGAGUCCGCCGCGGCCAGAGCAGUCGCCGCCAAGUACGCGCAAGCGCAACCCGUCGGAGAUGUCCAACCCGGAAAUAGCGAUCAACUUUGAGAAAGAGCACCUGCGCAGCGCGGAGGAAUCCGACUACAUGGUCAUGGAGAACCUGAUCCAGAGGCGGUACGAGCACGAAAUGGACGACUCGGACGGCGAAAAAGAUGAAGAUCUGGGCGAGGGCGGCAGCAGGCCUACAACUAGAAAUCCCGCGUUGCUCAGUGUCGUAGCGGAAAGGACGAGUUCGUGGCCAGCCAGACAACAAACACUCAAAAGAUCUCAGGCAGUGGACGGUGAGCCUCCCGGUUUAGGUUCGAGCAGCGGCAGUUCGUCUACAGAUCGGCAGGACUCGACGGAAUCGAGGUCCAGCGCGACAUCUGCCGGCCAACCGACGCUCAAGCGACCUUCGAUCAUUAUCGAUUCCAGCCGACUGCCCACGAUCGCAACCGACGUGAAGAAGGCCGACUCCAAGUCCAGUCUGCACAUGCAAUCAGAAACGAUGUGUUAGAAAUAGUUUAUUUUCUUAUUAAUGUCGAUGUGUGGUAGGUAUGGUCGAAAGUAAGAUUUGUACAUAAUAGGUGGCUGUCUUAGAUGAUAGUUUAGGGUGAGUAGAGUAUAUUGAAUAUAUAUUCACGAUAUGCUAUGAACAGAAUCAGCGUUAACAUCCGAACAUCAUUAAAAUUCAUAGUCCAGGAAGCAGUGAAGGUUUUCGAUACUUAUUUUCCCAGUCAGCAAACACUGAUAGAAUUAUUCGGUAUGUGAUUCUCCGAUGGCUUGAGGUAGAAAAUGCGUUAGAAAGUACAAAUAUACUGCACUUUUUUUCCAGAUAAAAAUAGUCUGGCUAAUCUGAGAAAUAUGUCUGGCAGGUAAAAAAUUGGAUAACCAUUAUUGAAACCAUUGUCCUUAUUUUCGCAGUUCUAAAAAUUUGUCAGAUGAUAGCUUAUAUUGUACAGGGUGGUCGAAAUUG